AUGACCCUUUUCACUAUUAAAUUAAGCAUAGAUUUGAAAGUUUCAAGAUGUAAUAUUGUUUUAAAAUUAAUUUCAUAUACCUAUACCUAUUUUAAAGAUGCCAGUAAAUUGUCCCUGACAGUUUAUGCAAGAGAAGCAAUGCUUUUCUUUAAAAAAUAUAAUAAAGAAGUCAUGGACUUUUUAAAAGAAAAGGGAUUUGGUGGAAAAUUAUUUUGGAAUUCCCCAAAACCAAUAUAUCAAGGGAAUGAUUGCGAUUGGCCAUCAGAAAGAGAAGUGUUUGCAAGAAGGUUAGGUUUUAUAGAUAAAUCCUAG